AUGGCGGUCUUCACCAUUGACCCGCGGAGGGCGAGGAUUCUUUCGGUGAUCGCUUGUACCGCUACAGCAUUGGCAUGUGGCACGAAUUACGGAUACUCAGCAUGGGGUCCUAGUUUCGCCUCGCGUCUCAGACUGUCCGCAACGGACAGUAACCUCAUCGGGACUAUGGGCAAUCUGGGAAUGUACGCUUUUGGAAUACCCUCGGGUAUGAUGGUGGAUGCCAAAGGUCCAAGAUGGGGGGUUGCUUUAGGGAUCAUACUCUUUGCAGCGGGCUACUAUCCAAUUGCUAGAGCAUACGAGGCGGGUCCUGGAGCCUACAGUGUAGCACUUAUAUGCGUAUUCUCGUUCUUUAGCGGUGCUGGAAGCUGUUCAGCAUUCACUGCAUCUAUCAAAGUUGCCGCCCUCAACUUUCCCGAGUCGCGAGGAACUGCCACAGCCUUUCCAUUGGCAGCCUUCGGUCUGAGCGCCAUGUUAUUCGCUGCCAUAGCAUUGCUAUUGCCCCCCGGGACAUACAACUUUCUCAUCCUCUUAGCCACUGGGACCGUCGUACUACCGUUGAUCUCUUUUCCUUUCCUACGCACCUUACCGCCGCACAGCUACCAGCAUCUUCCCCAACACGAACAACAAGUCCUCCACAGAACCAGAUCUCCUGAGAGCACAAGUCACCAUCGUCCGGAAGAGCCAGGUACGCCAGAUCAUACCCACAAGCUCCUCCCCUCAAGCAGCAUUGAAUCUCACGACUCCGAAGCCAUUCCUGAACCCGGAGACGAAAACUCCUCUCUACUCUCUAAAUCCUCUACUGAAGACAUCCGAGGCCCGGAGAGUUCGAAGUAUCAGCAGUCUGACAGAAAUCAUGAGUCGUCGCAUUUAGAUAUUAGGGGGUUUGCUCUCCUACCACAUCCUGAGUUUUGGCAAUUGUUUUGCAUGCUUGGACUGUUGACAGGGAUUGGCUUGAUGACCAUUAAUAACAUUGGCAACGAUGCCCAAGCCCUUUGGAGAUCCUACGAUCCAUCAGUCCCGCCUUCAUUCAUCGAAACCCGCCAAGCGAUGCAUGUGUCGAUACUCUCUUUUUGCAGUUUCACGGGCCGCCUUCUUUCUGGCAUUGGCUCCGACCUUCUCGUAUCGAAAUUCGACCGAUCCCGCUUCUGGUGCCUAUUUGCUUCCGCCUUGAUGUUCUGCGUUGCACAGGUCCUGGCGACCACCAUCUCCAACCCGAAUUUUCUGGUCCUCUUAACCGGCUCGACUGGUCUCGCCUAUGGUGUGCUGUUCGGAGUCUAUCCCACUCUUGUGGCGCACUGCUUCGGUGUCCACGGACUGAGUCAGAACUGGGGUACCAUGACGCUUGCCCCGGUCAUCUCAGGCAAUGUCUUUAAUCUCUUGUACGGCCGCAUUUACGAUGCCCACUCGGUGAGAAACGAUGAAGGCCACAUGGAAUGCUUGGCUGGCAAGAGCUGUUACCGUUCGGCCUACUGGAUUACCUUUGGUGCCGCGGUGCUUGGGGUCGGGUGUUGCCUCUGGAGCAUUUGGCACGAGUACAAGGUGCACCAGGUGAAGAAGAGCAAGGAGGAUCAGAGAAGUGAUCAUGAGAGGAUUGCAUAG